UACUCCUUCGUGAGUUUUUACACUCUAUUUUUCAUUUUACUCUUAAGACCCUGUCAUACUAUGUUUCCAACUGCUGGAAAAGCCAGCACUUUGGGAGAACGUGCUGGCCUCAUCUAGCUAUACCUCAUCCCAAAAAGGAAUAGUGACUAGUCUGGGUCUUAAAACUAGAAGAUUAAGGGGAGCUGGGAGAAGAACCCUUGUUUCCCGACUCCCCGUCCAGCCUGUUUCUGGCCUGUGGUGAUGGCUCUUAGUGCCCAAUUACAGAAUCUGGGGCUUGCACCUGUGUCCCUUAGUCAGCCCCUGCAGCUCACUAACUCAGAGUGCAGCCUUAGUGGCCGGAGGGGGAGGUGCCUGGGAGGCUCAGUGGGGACCACUGCUUUCCCUUCACUCUUCCUGUCGUUCGUACUCUCCCCUCCUUGCCACCCCCUGCCCCCCUUACACUCCCUCUGACCUUUCCCUGGUUCAUGCCUUCCUUCCAGGGCCCAGCUCUGUGUCCCCUCUCCAAACCGUCCCUCCGCCCCCACCCUCCCGCAGGUCCGGGCUACGCACCCUUGCGCGAGGAGGCGGUGCGGCUGUUCCUGGCGCUGCAGGCGCUGGAGGGGGCGCGGCGCCCCGGGCCCCUGAUGCAGGGUGUGCUCCAGACCUGCCGGGACCUGCCCGCGCUCCGCGACGAGCUCUUCCUGCAGCUGGCUAAGCAGACCUCGGGCCCCGCAGGCCCUCCGGGGCCCCCCGCUACCCACGACCCCGCGGCCCUUCGGUACUGGCAGCUCCUCACCUGCAUGAGCUGCACCUUCCGGCCUGGGGGAGCUGUACGGGGGCACCUCCUGGGGCAUCUGGAGAGGACGGAGCAGGCGCUCCCGGACACGGAACUGGCGGAAUAUGCGCGCUUCAUCAGGAGAGCGCUGGGGCGGACGCGCGGCCGAGAGCUGGUGCCUUCGCUGGCGGAGAUCUCCGCGCUGAGCCGGCGGCAGGAGCUGCUGUGCACCGUGCACUGUCCGGGGGCUGGUGCCUGUCCUGUGGCCAUAGACUCCCACACCACGGCGGGCGAGGUUGCUCGAGAGCUGGUGGGGCGGCUGGGCUUGGCCCGGAGCUGCAACGCAUUCGCGCUGUACGAACAGCGAGGGGCCCAGGAGCGAGCCCUGGCUGGGGGUACUCUCGUGGCCGACGUGCUCACCAGGUUUGAGAAGUAAAUGUCCAGCCCCAACCCCGCUCUCCGUUAACCUCUCUGCCUCUCAGCUCUGGUCAAUCCCUGUGCAAACGUUUACCGACCGGUGGCCCUGUGCCCAGCACAGUCACGUUGGCUGGUUCAAGGAGGGGCCCUGCCCGCGGGCGGUUUGCAGUCGGGUUUCCAGGCGUCCCAAACAUCUGGCCCCGCCCCCAGA